AUGAAGGGACCCUUCGUCCCUUGGCUUUUCAUUCUGGGAGUGUUUGUUCUAAGAGAGACCCAAGCAGCCCUCCACAGCCUGGAGACCCAGUUCACUGGGUUGGCCAUAACCAACAACCUUCCAGACAUCAUCUUCAAUGUGUGGGUGGACAGCCAGCUUCUGUUCUCCUACAAUACCCAGAGCAAGGAGCUGCUAAUCAAACUAGGUUGGGCUUACCCACCUUUGAAGAACAAGCUGAUGGAGAGAUUGAACCAGCAGCUGCAGCAAGGGGCAGAGGAUGAUCUGCGGCGUUUCUGCACCUACUGGAUGGUCUCUUACAAUGAGACCUGGGAGAUUCAAAUAACCCAGGUCACAGUUUUCUGUGAACUGGAUGGAGACAUCCAAGUGGACAGCCAAAUGCGGGUUGCUUUCGAUGGUGAGACUGUCUGCCAGUUGGAUGAGCACAGUGAGGGAUGGGUGACCAAGAAGGCAGAAGUCACACGCUUCUGCAAGUAUUUGGAGGACAGCGUCCAAUGGGACAGGCUACUCAUAGAAGAGUGCCCGAAAUUUCUGAAGGUUGUCCUGGACCUUUUUCACCUAAAGGAGAAUGAGCCCCCUGAGGUGACCGUGUCUCGCCAAGAUGCCCCAGAUGGCAGGAUCACCCUCUUCUGCACAGCCAGGGGUUUCUACCCCCGUCCCAUCCUGCUACACUGGGAAAAGAAUGGGCAAAUGGGCAUAUGGGGAAAAGAGAGCUCCAGUGGUACCCUACCCAAUGCUGAUGCUACCUUCUACCUCCAAGUCAUUGUGGAGCUCCAGCCCAGGGAUCCUGGAGAGGGUUAUGCCUGUGCUGUGGAGCACCAUCAGCUAGGGACGCCUGCCAUAUACCCAGCACCCAGGAAAGUCACCAGAGGAAAGUCCUGGGAACUGUCUCCAAGUAUCUCAAUCACUACCAUUCUGGUCCUGAUCUCAGCUGUGACCUUCAUCAUAUGGCGGAAAAAAGAUGCAUGGGGCCACAGGACCCAAGAGCGCAACACAGAAGAAGGGACAUCAUCUUGUUAGGAGCACUUUCUCCUCCUUC